AUGGUCGGCCUGCCCGCUCGAGGAAAGAGUUACAUCACAAAGAAGCUGGCCAGAUACUUGAACUGGCUACAACACGACACACGCAUCUUCAACGUAGGAGAGAGGCGACGUAUGCCCGCCGACAUGGAUUCAAUGGACCAGUCGGCAAACUUCUUCGACCCUUCAAACAAGAGAGCUGCCUUGAUUCGUGAACAAUGCGCCAUGGACACUUUGGACGAACUCCUUGACUACAUUCUCGAGGGCAACGGUUCUGUCGGUAUUCUGGACGCCACGAACAGCACACUUGAGCGCAGAAAGGUCAUCAUGAAGAGAAUCCGCGAGAGAGCCGGCACCGAGCUCAACGUUCUCUUCCUUGAGAGUCGCUGCGUUGACGAGAACUUGCUCGAGUCCAACAUGCGCCUCAAGCUUUCAGGGCCUGACUACAAGGAUCAAGAUCCUGUUGCUGCCCUCGAGGACUUCAAGAAGCGUGUCGCCAUCUACGAAAAAGCAUAUGUCCCUCUAGGCGAGUACGAGGAGAAGAACAACAUGCCAUACAUUCAAAUGAUUGAUGUCGGUCGCAAAGUCAUCUCACAUCAAAUCCGUGGCUUCCUCUCUGCCCAAGCCAACUACUACCUACUCAACUUCAACCUUGCGCCACGCAUGAUCUGGAUCACGCGACAUGGUCUGUCUAUGGACAACGUAUCUGGCAAGAUCGGUGGAGACUCUGACCUCAGUAGCGAGGGCAUUCAGUACGCUAAGACUCUCACCAAAUUCAUCGAGCACGCUCGUAGAGAAUGGGACAUGAAGCAGCUUCACAAGCUCACCCACUCGCACUUCCCUCCUCAACCUGGAGACACCACUCCUCCCAACCCCCACUACCAGCCCAACGACAACAACGAGCUUCCUCAAAAGUCCUUCUGUGUGUGGACAUCCAUGCUCAAGCGUAGUAUCCAAACCGCACAGUUCUUCGACGACGAAGAGUACGACUCGAAGCAGAUGCGCAUGCUGGACGAACUCAACGCCGGUAUCAUGGAAGGUCUCACAUACUCCUCCAUCGCAGAAGCACAUCCUGCAGAAUACGCCCUCCGCAAGAAGGACAAGCUACACUACCGCUACCCCGGACCAGGUGGCGAGGGCUACCUUGACAUUAUCAACCGCCUACGUCCCGUCAUCGUCGAGCUUGAACGCAUGGAAGACCACUGCUUGCUUGUCGGACACCGCAGUGUCGCACGUGUCUUGCUCGCAUACUUCCGCGGCUUGAAAAGAGAAGAAGUCGCUGACUUGGACGUCCCCAUCGGCAUGCUAUACUGUCUCGAGCCCAAGCCCUACGGUGUAGACUUCAAAGCCUACAAGUGGGACAAGAAGACAGAAUGGUUCUAUGAGCAACCAAACUUCCAGCUCAAGAGGGCUGAGGAUGAUAUGCAAUGA